UACUGGCCAUUGGCAAGGAAGACCUCAAUGAGAAAACAGUUUGCACGAGAGUGGACACUUGAUAACAAAGAGGAAGUGAUUAUAAUAUUUAUUGUGCUAUUGUGCGAGAGAAGAGAAAGAUGUCUCAGAAGUGGAGAGCUAAUGACUGCGUCCAUUGGUACAUGAAUGAAAUAACAUCACGAAUUGUGGCUGAAUCUGGCAUUCCCUCGGACAGGCAUCAUCUCGGCAAAAUAAUCCUACAGAACUUGAAAGAUGACCCUGAAUUCUUGGUGCAGAUUGAUGGUGGUACCGACCAGUGGGAGAGCAGUAAAUCAAUGUUCAAGAGGACAGUACAAUGCGCCAAGAGUAUGAGAAAUAUGGGUCUGAAAAAGGGUGACGUGAUGGUCCUCAUGGCUCCCAAUCAUAUAGAUUUGUGUAUUCCGUUCUACGCAGCAUUGUACCUUGGAGUUAUUGUUGCUGCUGUUGACAGGACUUUGGGUACAAAGGAACUACGAGACACCUUCGGUGUAGACAACCCUAAAAUAAUCUUUUGCCAGAGCGACAAAGCACCAGUGAUACAACUGGUCCUUAACGACCUGGCUUUAAAUGCUGUAAUCGUGACGUUCGACAAGGGAGACUACCUGUGCAGCUUUUCUGAAUUCCUGGUGAAGUAUGGCGACGACAGCCCUAUCGAAGAGUUUAGGGCAAGUGAUUUUGAUCCAGAAGAAACUGUUGGAUUUCUGAUAGCUACCAGCGGAACAACAGGCCUACCAAAAGCCGCAGCGGUCACGUACAAGAACUUUGCUAUAACCAUACCCUAUAUUUGGUCAAGAUCAUUCACGUUCCCAAGACCAACGCGGUUGGCGCUCAUCGGCGCUCCAAUCCAAUGGCUGACUGCAAUCUUGCAUUACCUGGGGACAGUGACGCUGAAGUACCCACGCUUGCAGUCCUCACAAAUCGUCACGCAGCAACAUGCUUACCAUCUCAUCAAUACUUAUAAACCUUCUUACACAAUAUUUAGCCCUACAGUGAUGACAACACUACUGAAACCAGGGGAUCGGGAGCAGUGCGACUUCACCUGCCUUGAACAGAUCAUGCUGGGAGGCAGUGCUGUGCCCCAGGUCCUUGUUGAUGUCCUUCAGAACGUAGCACCAGACUCAGAAAUAAUCAAUACGUUUGGCAUGACUGAGCUAGCAUGCACUGGUUUCCAUGCAGACAACGCGCCGCCAGGCUCUUGCGGGAAACCUUUGGGUUGUUACCAGUAUCGAUUGAUCAACGUUGAGACAAUGGAAGACAUUUACGAACCAAAUGUAACAGGAGAGUUGUGGAUGAAAGGGCCUGGAAUUUUUAAGGAAUACUACAAAAACCCAGGGGCUACAGAAGAAACAUUCGCUGAAGACCGUUGGUUCAAAACUGGAGACACUUUCUAUAGAGAUGAAAAUUGGAACUUCUUCUUUGUCGAACGCAUUAAGUUAUUGUUGAAAUAUAAAAGUUACCAAAUAUCCCCAGUGGAAUUAGAAACAGUGAUCAGGGAGCAUCCAGCAGUCCUGGACGCGGCAGUGUCAGGAAUACCAGAUCCUGAAUGUGGAGACUUGCCCGUCGCGAGUGUUGUUAUUAAACCAGAGCAAACAGUUACUGCGCAAGAAAUAAAGAAUUUAGUCAAAGAAACUCUGUCUGAUGCAAAGGCGCUUCGUGGAGGAGUCAUCUUUGUGAACGAGAUCCCAAUGACGGCGUCAACUAAAGUGCAUCGCAGGAAGCUCAAAGAAAUGGUGCUUACUAUGGAUAGGGAAUAGAAAA